AGCAAACCAGUGUCUUGGUUUUGCAGUUUAGAGCUCUAAAGACAGCAUAUUUAUGGGUAUUUUCCGAUGAUUUCUGAGAUAGCGUUUCUUCCAGAAGAUCUUACUCUUUUUUUUUCUCUCUUUCGAUCGUAUUACUAUUACCUCAUGCUUUAGCUACGUGUUCUGUGCUUUGUUUUUUCCUUCUUAAAUGACUCUGAGUAUGGUGAAGUAAGCUAAAAAAAUCUCUUGACCGAAACAUUCUUUCUUCUUUUCUUUUACGUCUUCUCUUUUUCUUCUUCCCAUGGAUUCCGGUAAUAGUGGUAGUUUGCAAUCAUCAAGUGGUGGCAGCGAAGAGUAUGAUUCACGCGUGGAGUCAAUCUCAGCUUUUUUGAACCAUAGCCCAUUGAGCCAUAUCGGUCAUGAUCCUUUGGGUAACCAGACGCCGCCGCCGGUGCUACAGCAACCGCAGAGCCACUCUUCAUCGACUAUGUUCGACCCUUCAUCAUACUUAGAUUAUCAUCCUUUAUCAAGAUCACUGCAACUUUCAGCAACAACGGGGAAUCCGAGGUCGGUCCUUAAUCUCGAUGCGAUUUGGUCAAAAGAUCUAAGAUCUGAGCCCAAUUGCACUGACCUUAGUAGGUACAUGACUGCGUCAUCGGCGGCACUAAUGACUCAACAACUGUUUGCCAACCAACAAGCACAGAGUAGAGCCACUUCUCCAUUGUUGCAGGUCCCUCAAGGACCAGAAAGUUCGAACCAAUGCUCGGUUUCCGCCACAAAUAGCCAACCAAACAACAAGAGCAAGACGGUGCGUAAUCCGAAGAAGAGAACCAGAGUUUCUAGGCGUGCAGCAACAACUGUUAUGAUCACAGAUACCAGCAAUUUCCGGGCCAUGGUUCAAGAAUUCACCGGGAUCCCCGAGCCACCCUUCACCUUCUCACCUUUCCCGAGAGCCAGGCUCGAUCUAUUUGAUCCACCUUCUUCCACUUUUAGAUCAACCCAUUUCGAUCCUUCACCAGCUCCUCAUUAUCUUUUACGACCAUUUUCUGAAAAAAUCAGUCCUCCACCUCUUCUUAGCUCAUCAAUGGCUGACGCUAUAGUUUCUAAUCCAAGAACUAACAACAACAACAACAACAGAAACACUAGUUCUAGUUCAACUUCCAUUAACUACCAACUACCGUUCGAGUUAGGCCAUUUAAAGAAGACUCAGAAUCUACUCAACAUCAACAUGCAAAACCCGAUUCUUAACUUUCAACCUCUCCUUCAAACCCCUCAAAAAUACUCACUUUCCGGUUCAAACAUUCUCGGAACAAAGUCACGCGAGUCAUUGGAAUUCUCUCUCAAAAUGGGUGCUUUAGAAGAGUUUGGAUCGAGCCAAGGCCAUGCCGAUGCCAGCCUCGCCGACCUUCAAAACAUGGUAUCUUCACAAGAACAUGAUCAGAAUCUCCUACGUUCCAUGAAUGGGAAAGUGAGCAACUUGUCGUCGUCUCCGUCGGAUUUUCAUGGGGAUAAAGGGCCGGAACAUGUGGGUUCCAGAAGUGAAGGUAUGGUGGAAUCAUGGAUAUGUUCAUCAGAUUAGGAGUAUCUAAAUAAUUUCAUCAAAGAAAAAAAAAGUUUUCAAAACUGAGAAAAUCUGAACAAAGAAUUCAAGGAAAUGAUGGUGAAUAUUUUUCACAAUGAUGCACGAAAGAGAUGGAAUCUUUCUUGUUGAUUCCCA